UGUUCGAUCAUUUCGGCCGCCGCGCCAAAUGUAUGGAACGCCAAAAAGGCCACCGAAUACACAACAGCCGCCAAUGAGAAGAACGUAGUCAUACAACAGCUGAAUUUUUUUAUUUCGUUUGAUGGUUGAGGCGGUGACAUGAAUAAAAAGGGAAAAUAUUUACUGUAUAGUAUAAAACUUCAUUUCGUUUGUUGAUAUGUUUGAAUUUUAGAUUUAUUUUUCUUGCCUGAUGACAUGUUAUUCAGAUUAUUAUUUGCCUACGCUUUCGCAUCCUGCCACAACCACACUACCAACGGAACUGUAUUGGCGCGCCAUACUUUCUAUUGUUAAAAAUCUGGCGGCCGAAAUGAUCUGAGACCGAGCAGGGUGGGCAUUUGCCUGCCUGCCCACCCGUCGGACAGGCCUGGACCCCUGCCGUAUAUUUAAAGCUCCAUCUAUCGAAUAACACAUUCUGAUUGGUCAGUUAAGUUUGGUAGCAGAGAAAGGUUUGAUCGACUCUUCAGAAAGGUCAAAUAGUUCUACAAUAAACAUCUUGUGCAAAAUGGCUGAUCGUAAUAAAAUGUUAGUGUUGUAUGUCCCACCAUGCCCGCAAACUAAGGCUAAGAAGAAGGCUGUUCCGAAGAAACCGGCAUCUCAAGAAACCAAAGCUAAGAAAAAGCCAGCUUGUCACCCACCUUACUUUGAGAUGAUAUCUGCUGCCAUCGGUGCAUUGAAACAAAGAGAUGGUUCUUCUCGCCAGGCUAUCAGCAAGUACAUCCAAGCCAACUACACGGUAGAUGCUGCUAGCAUGAACACCCAGCUUAAGAUGGCUUUGAAACGUGGUAUUGGAAGUGGAAACCUCAUCCAGGCUAAAGGCACAGGAGCGUGUGGGUCAUUCAAGUUGAAUCUGGCUAAAGCUGAGGAAGAUGCAGUUGUUAAGAAAGAAGAGGCUAAAAUUAAGGCUGCAACAAAUAAAUUAAAGAAAGCAGCAAUGAAGUCCAAGGCUUAUUCACGAUUCGGCAACGUUGGUCAUAGUGAAUCAGAUCUUCAUCGUCAGCUAGGUAACAUUAUCUACAGGACUGUUACUAGAUGCAUCGGCCCUGUGUUAACAAAGCGGCGUCUGGAAAAAGCCAGAAAACAUUACACAGAUGCUUUGGAAUGCAGUGCUAGUCCAAGAGAAGCAGCAGCUGCCAACAAAAACCUUGCAAUGGCAUCAUGGAAGUUAACAUCAGUGGUAGAAGGCGAUCAGAAAACACGAUGUGUCCUGGCGAUGCAAUUGUACAAAGAGGCGCUCAGGUGUUUCUCAAAGGCCUGGAAACGUGGUCAAGAUGCUGGAAAUGGCAACCUAUGGUCUGAUAGUGUUGUUCAGAAAAUGCACCAGUGUUUGCAGAAGAGUCUUGACUUUGUCACCAACCAGCCAAAUAUGUGGGACGAGAAGAAUCAACUGAUGGUAUUGGCAUGUCGACUUCUUCCGACAAGGGCUUGCAAGGCCGAAGUGUCUGUUUUGCACGCCGAGUUCUUGCUUUCAAAAGCAAUCAAACUCCUUCAGAACGGUGUCUUCGGUAAAGCUAAGACCAUUUUAUAUGAUUGCCACCAACCUUUGGAGGAAGCUAGACGCUAUGGUGGAAGUGACAGAGGUGUGAUGUCAGAGGUCAAUGUCCUUCAUGAGGAUGUUGUGAUGCAGACAUUUGUAGCUGAGGCAAGGCAAGCACUAGAGACCGCAGACAACCUCCAGCAAAAGAUUCUGAUGUCAGAGGAAGACUUGAACAUAGACAUGGUCUGGGAAGUUCUUGACUGGUACAAGAAAGCCAUCCUCCUGACAAGGGAAAAGGAUGUUGAGCUAGAGGCCAUCGCCAUGAGUCGGAUGGGAGUGAUUUACGACAGCAUCUUGAAGUUGAGGUCCAAAGCCAGACCAUAUUUCAAAGGAGCAAUAACCCUGGCUCAUAGCCUUCACCCCCGUGUUCUCACCUACGAGGAAUGGUACCAGACCUGUGCGCAAACGCUUGAAUCUUAUCAGAUGAAGACAGUUCUUCAAGAAACCCGCGCAUGGAUGAAGGAAAGAGAAGACGCACUAAAGAAACUGGAACCACAAAUUAGAAAAUUCCAGUACAUCGAAGAUAAUUACGAAUGUCUGCAAUACAUCUACAAAAACCAUCCACCAAAGAAGGAGCACCACAAGUUGCCUGAUAAUUUACCAGAGCCAUCGAAGAUUGAACAGACGCAGUUGAAGAAGUGUCUGCAGAAAGCCAUUGUGCACUACCAUCCAGAUCACAACUCGAAGGAGAAGUUUGGUAAGGAAUGGCACGUCCUAUGCGAAGAGAUCACCAAGGUGUUUACUAAAAAGUACAAUUGCAUGAAAGGGGUUGAUGUGUGAACGGAUAAGUAAGCAUAUAGUUUUUAACGGCUGGGUACUUCAAAUCUAUCUACUUAAAGCAUUGUUUUAUGAUUUUGUUUAAUUUUCACAUUUUUAUAUUGCAAAUCAGUCUUAGAAUUAAAGCUUUUUGUGGUUAAGGAAGCUUUUUUAUUGUACAUAAAACAUUUUCAUGUUCAUAGAUUUUAUUAUUGUGCAUGCAUACUUUUUAUAAUAUUCAAUUUAAUAGAUAAUUUAAAAUUACGGUAGAACAAUCAUUAAAUAAUCAUUAAACCAUAGGGCAUUUGUGAUCAAAAUGUUGUGUAAUAUUUUAGUGUUUUUAAUACGAUUCUUUUAAAUAUAUAGUCAGGCCUGUAUAUAGUGUUCAAUAAUAGAUUAAUGAUUUUUAUAGACAAAUUAUUGUAUUUACAACUAUUUUAGAUGAAUCACAGAAUAGUGAUGUAAUAGAGCAUUUAUCAGGCAGGAAUUCAACCGGUUGAUGAUUGCAAAACAGACCUAAAGUAAUUCCUGUUUACACUCAGUUGAGGUUUAUUCUGUAUGUUUUAUUAAUAAAGUUACAAGUUUUGUA